AUGCUGUCAAUCAGAAGGCGCGAGUGUCCCCGGGGGGGCUCCCGACGGGGCGGGUGCGCCCCGAUCUGCGCGGGGCGCCGGCACCCAAGGAGCGACUCGUCGUCCGGCUCCGCUCAGCCUGCCGGCAGGCGGGGCGCGCUAGGUCGGGGCGCCCCGAAUCCCCCCACCCCGCACGGACCCCAGCCGCCGCCGCCACCCCCACCCCCCGCUCCGGUGCCGCUCGGCCGGGUGAUCGCCGCCGCAGCCCUGGACCCCCGCGCCUCGCCGACCCGGGGCGGGGUGGGCGGGACCCCUGCGCACCCCGAGGCAGGCCGGCGGGACCCGCCCCGCUCCCGCCGCGGAGUAGCGUCGUCCCCGAGGGCGCGCCGAGGGGGACCGGACACCGGCCCGGGACCUCCCAGCGUCCCGACUUCCCUGGGAACGCGCUGUGCCAGCCAAAUAGGGUCCCCUGGUCACAGUGAGUCACCCCUUCGUGUGCCCUUCGGGGACGUGUCCUGGCACGUUCCCGAGGGCCGGGACACAGCCCGCGCUGACCUCAGCGCCCAGCGGGGUGGAGGACACCGCGGUCCAGGGCACCUGGACAUCAGGGGCCGGGGCCCGGGCGGCGCCGAUUGGAUCCGAGGGCCGAUCCGGGUCCCCGAUGAACUUGCUCUGCUCCGCGUCCCCCAUCACUCCGGGUCCCCCCGGGUCCCCACGCCUCGACCGAGCGGCGCCCCCCCUCGGAUCUCCCGGCCGGCCCGCUCCGCGCCGCCCCUCGCCCUCCGGGGUCUCAAGAGCCGCCGAGUAGAACUGGAGAUCCCUCCGACUCCUGAUCCCUCGGUCGCCGCCGAAUCCCCCAGGGUGAGGGGGCUCGGUGACCGUCACCCAACCCACGCCCGCGGGCGCACACCCAGCGCGCCGGACCCACGCCCGUCGUUCACCUGCCGCGGGAACACCUGUGACACCGCGCGGACGCGGCAUCCCAGGACCCCCCCCCCCGCCCCGUACGCGGACACACAGGGACCCGCGGGGCGCCGCCCGGAGCCGCGGCCCAGGCUGCUGCGUCCCGUGCCCUCACCUGCUCCAAGGUCUCAGUUGUUCGGGGUGAAUCCGGGGCGCGCGCGACUACGGCCACUCCAAGCCCCAGCUCGCCAGCUGCUCACUCACCGGCUGCGCCCAGCGCACCGCGCACUUAAAGCCUCGGCCACGCCCCUGGAGGCGGGGCCUGAUGUCUCGUAUGCACAGGCCACGCCCCCGGGGAGACCCGAAGCCUCAAACACAUCGGCCACGCCAGGAGGCGGGACCAGGCGCCUCGCUUAUAAACAGGCCACGCCCCCCGGGUAG